AGUACUGCUGUUGUUUGUUAUGUUUUACAGUAAUGUAAAGAAGCUUGUAGAAUUGCCUGCCUCGCCCUUGGGCUUCCUCAAGAGUUUUUGCAAAAGGGAAGAUAAGACAGAGUACGACGGUCACCAUGAUGAUAUCUCGAGAGGCUCACCUGGACGGAGGUCUUUGCGGGAGCACAAGAACCACGGACUACACGGUAUAAAAGCUCGCUACAGAUCAGAACCAUCUCUUCCCUUCUCACAUGACCACCAGAGCGUGAUAACCGCGGGCACACUACCGGAGAUACUCAUGGCCAGCAUCCAACAUCAACAAGUUCACGUGAGUGCGAGUGAGCCGCACCACAACCCCUCUCCCUGUCUCCCCAACUAGACGUCCUAACUCUAUCUCCGAUACUCCUCCUUCCCCACGAGAGGGUAAAAGAAAAAGGUUGACACACGAAGCAAGUAGUCCGAGUAUCAUCACCAAGCAGAGGAAGAAUUCUCAUGGAGCUAAAGGACGACAUUCCAUCAUCAUUGAACCACCUAAGAUAUGUACUGCCUGGGACGCUAAUAGCCACGAUCGUGCUUCUACCAGAUCAGAAACGUCUAGCCUACACUCUGAACUGAGUGUUGAAUCCUAUGUGGAACUGGACGAGAAGGCGCUAACUAGAAUAAACUACAUUGUAAACGAACUCAUUAUGACGGAGAAAACUUACAUGCAGGAUUUACAGGAUAUUGUUACGGGGUAUAUGGUUCCUAUGGAGCAAUGCAGCGAUCUGUUUGAGCCCGCCGCUGUCAAAGAUAUCUUCAUUAAUAUCAAAACUAUCGGCGAUUUUCACUUGAAUUUUCUGGAAAAGCUGGACGAGUACAAAAAAGAGCUAGACCUAUUGGCCAACUGCUUCUUGACGAAAGAAUCUGAGGAAGGGUUUGCCCUGUACAACGAGUUUUGUAGAAAAGUUCCCAGGUCGUUGGAUUUGAUAUCAGCAAUGUCAAAAGAACCCCAGACUCUACAGUUUAUACAGGAUUGUAAACAGCAACUCAAUCAUUUCUUCCCCUUGUCAGAGUUCCUCCACCGACCAAUUCAGAGGAUACUCAAAUACCCCCUCCUCCUCAGAGACCUUCAAAAGUACACGUUAGGCACAAGAUAUGCAGCCUGCAUAGAGGCGGCUCUGGAUAAGAUAACGGGUGUAGCUAUCCACAUCAACAAAGUAAAACGAGUACAGGAGCUUGAAUCUCACGAAAUACUUGGGUGGACGGGUGAACCACUCUUAGAAUUUGGAGUACUAAAACUAGAGCAAGGGUUCAAAGUUAACGGAACUGAUGGAAGAUACCUAUUUCUGUUCGAGAAGUUACUACUUUUUACCAAACAGAAAGACGGAAAAUACCAAUACAAAGCCCAUCUUUUGCCAUCAGAAAUAGGGAUGACGGAGGGUGAUAAGAAUGAAGUUAAAUUUGAGAUCGAGAAGUUUGAAGCAAAGAAGAGAACGAAAUAUGUAGUUCAGGCGCCAUCAUUAGAUACUAAGGCAACGUGGGUAUACGAGAUAAAAAGAUCAGUCUUAGAAAACCAAGACAAUAUCACUCCUCAAAUGCGAGAGGUUCUGCUGAAGGGAUACCUAGCAUGGACAAAACUAACCAAUUCAAUGAUAUCUUACACAACUCCAAGUACACUAGUUUCGUAUAUCUGCCUGGAUUUGAGCAGAAUGAGGAUGAUGAAAGUGGUCCUCCAACGCCCGACCUUGAUAACUCCAAUCAAAUCACAGUAAUAUCCCCGACCCUCAAGUCCCCGCCUCCCGAGUCUACAUUUACCUACUCGUCCCCCUCACCAGACCGUCAGAUCCACGACGACAGUGGAAUUGAGGAUCCUGCACCUGUCACCAAGAACACUGUGGAUUAUAGUUCACUAGAUGUCAAGGCUAUCAAGGACAGGUGGAAGCAGCAAGAAAAACUAGCAAAUUCCAACACUGCUCCAGUCCGCAACUUCCACCGUCGUAUGUCACCAGCCAUUGCCGCUAAACUGGAGACCUGGCCCGUGCCAGACACCGAUAUGAACCCCUCUGAUAUUAUUAAAAGGAACAGCAAAAUCCUCCCUGACGGCAAUAUAAGCAAAUCUGGGGGCGGAGAGGAAUCGCCCAAACCUUGUCUUGCACGAAUUUCCCAUCUACAGGAGACGAAAGACAAGGCUGGACCGGUAAAGCGAGACAUCAAAUCCCUAAUCGCUCAGGACUUAGCUAAAUCGCAAGCCCGUUACGACAUGUUAUCCCCAGACUCCAACAACCAUCCGGACUGCGAGGGAGCGAACCUGUUCAGCGCUCUGGAUAGCUCCAGACACCAGGUCGUCUCUCCGAAACAGAGUAACGGAAGCAAUGAGGUGUUCUCGCCCACAGAUAACAAGAAGAAUGAGGUGUUCACGCCCACAGAUAACAAGAAGAGUGGUAAUACUAUGAAAACUAACCUCAAUGAUAAAAAAUAUAACAAAAAGUGCAAGGAUCAAGAAGCUUUAGAUUUGUCAGAUAACGAUGAGAUGAUAGUUAGAUUCACGAAAGGAUGCAAUAUCUCUGGAACUAAUACAACCAAGCGCAACAGUUACAUGAUAGAAAAGGAUCUCAAAAAACCAUCCCAAAUUUUUCUCCUCACUCUUCUGAUUCAGAGGCAGCCUCUGACUCCGAAGCAACUGCUGCCAGAGUCGACAAGAUCAAACGAAUGGCGGACAAGCACAAGAAGACGAUCAAGGCAGAAACUGAGCAGGUAUCCCCGAUUGAGAUGGACGCUUCUUUAA